AUGGCCCCGGAAGUGUAUAGUAUCGCUCAAACGCCCAUCACUAGCCAUUCCUUCAACGCAGAUCGCUCUCAGGUCGCCGUCAGCUUGAGCUCCAACGAAGUCCAGAUUCUUCAGCGCGCUGGGCGUGAAUGGAAGCCGACUGAAACGCUCUCUGAGCACGACAAGAUCGUCACGUCUAUCGACUGGGCGCCCAACUCGAACCGCAUCGUGACGGCCUCUCAAGACCGUAACGCCUAUGUGUGGACGCAGGCACAAGACCCGCUCACCGGGCGCACGAUCUGGAAGCCGACACUCGUCUUGCUUCGUAUCAAUCGUGCUGCGACGUAUGUGCGCUGGAGCCCGAACGAGGACAAGUUCGCAGUUGCUAGCGGUGCCCGUGCCAUCGCGGUUUGCUCCUUCGAUCCAGACAACGACUGGUGGGUUUCGCGCCUGCUCAAGAAGCCCAUCCGCUCGACGGUGCUCUCGCUCGACUGGCACCCCAACAAUGUUCUUCUCGCAGCUGGCAGUGCUGACAUGAAGGCUCGCGUCUUCUCCGCUUACAUCAAGGAUGUUGACAAGAAGCCUGCUGCCUCGGUUUGGGGCGAGAAGCUGCCGUUCAACACCAUCUGUGGCGAAUAUGGCAGCCCUGCUGGUGGCUGGGUUCAUACAGUUGGGUUCUCCCCGUCCGGUGACGUCCUGGCUUUCGCUGCUCACGACAGCUCGAUCAACAUCGUGUAUCCCGGUGGCCCCGCUAUCUAUACCGUUCGCAGCUUCUCGCUGCCGUACGUCUCGCUCACCUGGACGGCGGAGGACACGAUCGUUGCGGCCGGCCACGACUGCCAGCCCGUGCUCUUCCAGGGCAACGAGAACGGCUGGCAGGCUGUCGGCUCGCUCGACGAGGGCUCCAGCGGCAAAGGCAGUGGCUCGAACAUCGCGCGCGCUGGCACUCCCGGUCGUCUCAACUCGGCCGCAUUCAACACGUUCCGCAAUGCAGCCGAUCGCGGUCUGUCGAGUCCUGGUGGAGCCGGCCCCGGGGAUAGCGACACGGAACUCUUCACUGUGCAUCAAAACACGAUCACGAAUGUGCGCCCGUAUGAGGGUGCUCCGGGUGCUGUCACCAGGGUCAGCACCAGCGGUGUCGAUGGGAAGCUCGUCAUCUGGGAGGUCAAUGCGGUGGGCGCGCUCACGGGCAAGAUGUCUGGCAUUCGCAUUGCCUAA